UUAUUAAACAAAAUACGAAGAAUUGACGUCUCUCCUGGGGAAGCUUCAAGUGAUCGAUCUUCCUAUUUCUGACGCAAAUUCGUAUCCUUCACUUCACCGAUCAGAUUGUUUUUGAAAUCCCUUUACAUCAAAUUGGGUAAGAUCUAAGCUUUUUCCCGUUAUGAAUUUCUUCAAAUCCGUCUUCCAGGACGACCCAGAUCCGCCAGGAACCGAAUCGGAAUCUGAUUCACCGAAACACAGCGAAGAGCAUGAACAGCCAGAGCAAUCUAACCCUGAAGACGACGGUGUAUGGAGUUUCGGUGGUCUGAUGAAAACCCUAGCCACCAGAUCCGAAUCCGUGAUUGAGACAUACCGACGAGAUCUCGAAGAAUUUGGUACAGGUUUGAAGAAGGAGAUCGAAGUGGCUCAGGGAUCGCUUGGCACCGUCGGACAUGCGAUUGAUGAACUUGGGAACACAGUGCUAAAAGGUACGGCUGAUAUCAUCGCUCAAGGUAAGGAAGCGAUCUUAGCCGCUGGUAAUGAAUCUGAUUCUUCUGAUAACAAUAGUAGUCAGAGUUUUGGUCGUCGUGAUAGCUUUAGUUCGAAACCGUACAGUCGUUUCGAUGCUCAGAUUCGUGUUGUUCAAGGUGAUCUCAACACUUACUGUGAAGAGCCUGAGGAUUCAGAUGAUUACAAAAAGUGGGAAUCUGGGUUUGCUCUCGAUGAGAAAGCUGAGGAGAUGGAGAAACUGUUGGAGGAUAAUGGAGAUAUGAAGGGAGUGUAUAAAAGGGCUGUUCCGAAUACGGUUGAUCAUGAUACUUUCUGGUUUAGGUAUUUCUAUAAGGUUCACAAGCUCAAGCAGGCUGAGGAUCUUAGGGCUAAUCUUGUGAAACGAGCAAUCUCUCUGGAAGAUGAGGAAGAACUGAGCUGGGAUAUUGAUGAUGAAGAGGAGAGCAGCGAGAAAGAUGUUGAAGCUACCAAGGAAGUUUCAAGAUUGAAACUUGAAGGAAAUGAUGGUAUUAUGGGUAGUGGAGAUGUGAGUGAAACUGUGAAAGAUGAAGUGACAAAUGCAGGUUCAGUGAGCACCCAAGAUGAAGUGACAACAAGUGCAGAUUCAGUGGCUAGGGUGAGCACCCAACAAGAUGGAGUGACUGAAGUGAGCAAUGUUGCUUUGAAGACAGAUAAAGAUUACGAGGAAAAGAAGGAGACUAAUACUGAGGAAGUUCCAGAAGCAAAACCAGUUGUUGCUGCUGCUGCUCCUCCUGCAUCUGAUGAGGCUCCAAUCCAAGAUUCAGUCAAACCAAAAUCUGAUGAGGCUGCUCCAUCCCAAGAACCAACUAAACCAGAUGUGGCUGCUGCUUCAUCAGCAGCUCAACAACCAUCUGAAGAGGAUUUGGGAUGGGACGAAAUCGAGGAUAUGAGUAGCAUUGAUGGUAAGGAAGUGAGUCGGUCUAGUGGUAGUCCAAACCGAGCUGAGCUGCGUAAACGUCUGAGUGCAGCAGAAGAUGAUGAAGAUUUAAGCUGGGAUAUUGAAGAUGAUGACGAAGAAUCAUCAUCAACCAAAGCUUAAAUGUUUAGUUUUUGAAAAUGGUGUGCUUUUUCUUCUCUCCUUUUACUUGUUUUUUUUUUGUAAGUUUCUGGCGGUUUUUGCCUCCAUUCUUCAGUUGUUUCUCUCUUCAACGUUUCUAUAUAAAUUGAUUUUGAAGAUAUCUUUUAUUCA